AUGCCAGUGAGUGAUGACUACCGCCUUCUGUGCAAGCAGGAGCGGUCCGUGCGAAUUUCUCUCGAGAACCUGAAGGAGUUCGUACAGUCCCACCAAGCCGGUGCGGAUAGGCAUGACGUCGACCUACGCCUAGCCAAGCUAGACGAAAUUUGGCAGAAAUUUACCGAUGUGAGGAUGCGAAUCGAGCUGCUAACCGACGACGCAGCAGAUGAUGAGAUUUCCACGGAUACCGAAGAGACGGAGGAGACAAAACUGCAACGUAUCGUUAAGCUACAGAGACAGCAUGAUCGUGAUAAUGCGAGAAUUCUGAAGGAUUUCGAGAAUGAAGUGUACCAGUUGAAGAAGGUGCUGUUCAGUAUGCUUCAAGCUGGCCCGAGCCGUGUGCAGCAGCCUCAACAUCACCAACCGGCAGCUGUGCCGCAAUCUAAAGUGAAACUACCCGAGUUGAAACUGCCCACGUUCAGUGGGAGGAUGACGGAUUGGGUGACAUUCCGAGACACCUAUAAGAACCUGAUCCACAACGAUAACAGCCUCUCCGAUAUGGAUAAGUUUACUUAUCUGCGCACAUCCCUCACCGGGGAGGCACUACAAGAGAUUGCCGCAAUUGAGAUGUCCUCCGCCAAUUAUGCCAUUGCGUGGGAGGCAUUAGAAAACGCAUUCGAGAAUAAGAAACUGUUGGUGAUGACUCACCUUGAUUCUUUGUUCUCUCUUGAGCCACUUCGUCAAGAAAGCUUCGAGACUUUGAGCAAACUCGUUAACGGGUUUGAAAAGAACCUUCAGAUGCUCACCAAGAUCGGUGAAGAUCCGGAUGGCUGGAGUACGCUACUUCAGUACAUGCUCUGCAAGCGGCUACAUCCCACAACGUUGAGGCAGUGGGAGUCGCAUCACAACUCCAAGGAGGUGCCGAACUAUAAAGAUUUGAUCAAGUUCCUGAAGAGUUACUGUUCGGUGCUGCAGUCCAUCACCCCUGUGAAGCCCUUCCAAUCCGAAGUAAGGAAACCUGUUCGGCCGUCUAUCAGCCAUGCUGGAGUCCAACCACCCAGUAGCUGUCCAUUCUGCGGAGAAUCUGCCCACUCCGCCUUUAAGUGUGCAAGGUUUUCGAAGAUGAGGAUUUCGGAAAGGGUCGAUGCCAUGAAGAAACUUUCGCUUUGUUUGAAUUGCCUGUCAUCAGGGCACAUCGCGCGAUUCUGCACCAGAGGAUCGUGCUUCCACUGUGGUCAACGUCACCACUCGUUGCUUCACGCGAACUCAUCGACCACCGCGAAUCCGUCAAGUAAAUCUGGACAGUCAAAUGGGAAUCAACAAAUGAAGAAACCACAAGGACAGAACACGCAACCACCACAAGCUAAGCCAACACCAAACGGUCACUCAACACACACUCAGCCUACACAAAGUGGACACACAGAAUCACCGAAUUCCACAAAUGCAAGCAAUGCUCAUUCACACAUUUCCGCCACAGACUGCCCCAGUACAAGUUAUCACACUACACCUCUUGCAACUACACGACACGUUCCACACACUGUUUUGCUCUCUACCGCUGUCGUAAAUCUUUGCGAUCAGUUUGGUAACUCCUUACUCGCUCGUGCGUUGCUGGACUCUGGGUCCCAGCGAUGCUACAUAUCUGAAGCCAUUUCGCAAAGGCUUAAGUUCAAGCGAACCCGUGAACAUUUACCGAUUGCUGGAAUCGGUGGAUCGCGAACUGCUUCCACUCAAGCAGUUUUCGCUGAGGUUCAUUCGCUUGUCACGAAGUACGUGACGAAUCUUAAAUUCCACGUGCUACCGCGAGUAACUGUCGAUCUUCCGACACGAAGCAUCGAUAUUCGAUCCUGGAACGUGCCGAAGGAGCUAGUGUUGGCUGAUCCGACAUUCCAUGAGUCCGGAGCAGUUGACUUGAUAAUAGGAGCUGAGGUGUACCUGGAGCUGAUGAUCGCUGAGCGUCAAAUCAAGCUAGGAGAUUCCGGUCCGAUUCUGCAGAACACUCUGCUGGGCUGGAUUGUUUCCGGAGGUAUUCCGGACGAGUCUGCUUCUCUACCAGCGGUAUCAGCAUGCGCAACUGAGAAAAUUGAAGAAGGAUUGGCACGUUUCUUUGAGCUGGAAUCGUGUCGCACCACCAGCACGUUGUCUUUGGAGGAGUCAGCGUGUGAAGCACACUUCGAGAAAACGACGAAGAGGGACUCAAGCGGCCGAUUUGUCGUCCAGCUACCGAAAAAGCAGUUUGUGAUUGAUCGCCUAGGGGAAACUCAAGCUAUUGCCACUCGUCGCUUCAUGGCACUCGAGCGAAGAUUGGAUACUGAUCCUGCCGUGAAGAAAAUGUACAUCGAGUUCAUCGACGAGUAUCUUCGCAUGCAACACAUGCGAGAGAUUUCACCACGAGAGUUGAGCACCUUUCCAGUCACGUACUUCUUGCCGCACCAUGCGGUACUUAAGCCCGACAGCACGACUACCAAACUGCGCGUCGUUUUUGAUGCGUCGUGUGCAAGCACUUCUGGAGUGUCGCUUAACGAAGCUCUGAUGGUGGGUCCUGUAGUCCAGGAGGACCUAACUUCGAUUACACUACGUUUUCGUUUACGGAAGUAUGCGAUGACGGCCGACAUCGAGAAGAUGUACAGAAUGAUUAAGAUGCACCCUAUGGACCACUCGCUUCAAUGCAUUAUGUGGCGAGAAGACGCCACCAAGCCGAUUCGAUUCUUCGUACUGACGACCGUCACGUAUGGGACGUCUUCGGCGCCGUACUUGGCAACCCGCUGCCUGCGAAAGCUAGCAUAA